CAUCUCAGUUAUUUGAUGUUUCUCUACAGGAAUAAAAAGAAGUUGAUUGAGAGCAUCCAAAGCUACAAACCCACAGUCAGUUCUGUGUCCCAGGCUCGAGUUUUACUCAUUGGACAAGUAGGAGCUGGAAAGUCCAGCUUCUUCAACUCCAUCAACUCUGUAUUCAAAGGUCAUGUCACCUGGCAGGCCUUCUCUGGUUGUUCCUCCACCAGUCUCACCACUCAGUUUCGAACCUACUCUCUGAAAGCAGGACGAGAAGGCAAACCUCUGCCAAUCAUCCUGUGUGAUACCAUGGGCCUGGAAGACAGCAAAGGGGCGGGGAUUGAUAUUGAGGACAUCAGCAGCAUUCUUAAAGGACAUAUGCCAGAUCGUUACCAGUUCAAUCCUGCUGCUCCUCUGCAUGAUGACGCUCAUGGCUAUCGCAAGUCUCCAGGCAUCAAAGACAAGAUCCACUGUGUGGCCUAUGUCAUCGAUGCCUGCAAGGUCUCCAUUAUGCCCACAAAGUUGGAGGAGAAGCUGGAAGCCAUCCACAGAAAGGCUAACCUGUUGGGCAUUCCUCAGCUGGUGCUGCUCACUAAAGUAGAUGAAGCUUGUCCUUCGGUGAAAAGGGAUCUGAGAAACAUCUACUGGAGUGGAUACAUCAAGGAAAUAAUGCUGGAGGUCAGUGCUAAGGUGGGUGUACCUCUGUCCUGCAUUGUUCCAGUGAAGAACUACAGCGAGGAGUUGGAGCUGGACUUGAACUGUGACAUCCUGCUGCUUAGCGCCGUCAUCCAGAUGCUUCGCUUUGUUGAUAACUACUUUGAUGAGCUUAGUGACCAACUGAGCAGUGUUGAGUUAAAAAACUAAAAAUCUGUAUAAAGAAAACCUCUGAAACAAUUGAAAAAAGAAAACAAUAAUGACAACAAAAAAGAAACGGGGGUCAAUACUUUUUCAAUCUAUUGAGUCAGAAUAAAGGAUCAUAUUGUUCCCCAUGAUAAUGAUAUUGUCACCAGUGUUGGGCAUGUUACUUUGAAAAAGUAAUUAGUUAUAGUUAUUAGUUAC